CAGAAAAAAAUCUGCGACUGGACCGUUUGCGGAAACCCCGACAGCGGGCUGUGGUCUCCGUCUCCGGACGAGGCGAGGAAUCCCGAAUCCGACUCGAGAGAUGGCAUCGCUGCCGUCCGCCGCGGCCGCACCCACCCGAGUUGUGCGGCCUUCCCCGCUCCCAACUGCUGCCGGCCGCCUCCGGGUUGCUUCAAAAUGCCUUGCUUCAGCAAGUGAUCGCCAUUGCAUGCUCUAUGGCUCUGCUGUAAAUUUCAACCCGCGAGUUUGUGGGCUUAAAUUUUGGAUUUCUCGAAAGCCAAGGCAUCAAAACAACAUUAAGAGACAUGGACGGGCAAUGAGGAUCAAGAAACUUGAAGUUUAUGGAAAAGAUGAACUGGAAAUUGAGUCAUCGUCAUCAUCUGAAAGGAAACCUAUUGAGAAUGUGGAGCUGCUGCAUGAUUUAAUCGAGGAAACAUCACCAUCAAAAUCUCAAACCACAGAAUGUCCAUCCUCUAACGAUCAACCUGUUAUAGAUAAAGAUCUUGAUUAUCCCAAAGGAUCUUCCUCGUCUGUGAUAGAGACGAAUUCCUUUUCUUAUGACCAUCUAGGUGGUAGAGUACCCUCUCUUUGUAUUGCUGUUGUAGGAGCUACUGGUGAACUUGCCAGAAACAAGGUCUUUCCAGCAUUAUUUGCUCUGUAUUAUAGUGGCUUUCUUCCUGAGGAUGUGGGUAUAUUUGGCUACUCAAGAAAGCAUUUGACUGAUGAGGAUCUGAGAUCCAUCAUUGCAGCAACUUUGACUUGCCGAGUCGAUCACCAGGAAAAUUGUGGGGACAAAUUGGAUGCCUUUCUCAGUAGAACAUACCAUAUAAAUGGUGGAUGUAACAACAGAGAUGGGAUGGCAAAACUGGACUUCCGGAUGAAGCAGAUUGAGGGUGACCAUGAAGCAAACAGGAUAUUUUACCUUUCAGUUCCCCAAGAAGCACUUCUUGAUGUUGCAUCUUCACUUGCUGAUGGUGCCCAAACAAAAAGAGGCUGGAACAGAAUAAUCAUCGAGAAGCCCUUUGGCUUUGAUGCGUUUUCUUCAUACCAGCUGACACAGUCUCUUCUGUCCAAGUUUGAAGAGAAGCAAAUCUAUAGGAUAGAUCAUCUUUUGGGGAAGGACCUUAUUGAAAAUCUUACUGUUUUGAGGUUCUCUAAUCUGGUAUUUGAGCCAUUGUGGAGUCGAACUUACAUACGUAAUGUGCAGGUUGUUUUUUCUGAAGAAUGUGGAAUUGAAACACGAGGAAGAUACUUUGGUGGCUAUGGGAUCAUCCGAGACAUAAUUCACAGUCACAUCCUCCAGACAAUUGCCUUAUUUGCAAUGGAACCUCCUGUCAGUCUUGAUGGGGAAGAUAUUCGAAAUGAGAAGGUCAAGGUGCUUAGAUCAAUUCGGAAAUUGGACCUUGAUGAUGUUGUUCUUGGGCAGCAUAAAGCUAGUGCAGGCAAGGCUAAUGGUUACAUGAACUCUCUGACACCGACAUUCUUUGCUGCUGCUCUGUACAUUGACAAUGCUCGAUGGGAUGGUGUGCCAUUUUUAAUCAAAACGGGGAUGGGACUCAUCAAACACAGGGUUGAGAUACGUAUCCAGUUUCAUCACGUCCCUGGCAAUAUCUAUCGUGAACGCAUUGGCCAAAAUAUUGACCUUGCCACAAAUGAACUUAUCCUAUGUGAUCAGCCUGAUGAAGCCAUUCUCAUGAAGGUCAACAACAAGGUUCCUGGGCUUGGAUUGCAGCUAGAUGCUUCAGAACUAAACUUGCUUUACAAGGAUAAGUACAAUGUUGAAGUGCCAGAUUCUUAUGAACACCUCCUUCUGGAUGUGAUUGAUGGAGACAACCAUCUUUUCAUUAGGAGUGAUGAACUGGCAGCUGCGUGGAAUAUACUUACUCCAAUUCUUCAUGAAAUUGAUAAAAAUAAUGUAGCACCUGAGCUCUAUGAGUUUGGGGGUAGAGGGCCUAUUGGUGCCUACUAUCUUGGUGCCAAGCAUGGAGUUCGCUGGGCUGAUGAUUAGUAUUAGUAUAUUUGCUGUAGUAUUGGAGAAUGUGUUUCGGAGGAAAACCUAUUACCAAAAUGAAAUUACUCCCGUGGCAGAGUUCCUUCAAUUGGAGAUCAAUAUACCAUUAGUCUCUCCCAAAGAUGUAAAUACACUCUUUGUGCAAUGUAAAUGACAUAAUUUGAUGGCAAAAGAUUAUGAAUAAACAUAGCAUAAAUCCAGUGUUUUUGUUCCAA